AAUAUUCAGAAAUUCAUAUUUUCCAGAAAAAAAAAACCGUCAGUCUUCUCCAAAACUCCAAAUCCUCUGAUAAAUCCUGAAAGUCCUCCAAGUAAGCUGAAGAACCCGAUCCUCCAUCUCCUACAUAAACCCUAAACCCUAAAUACUGAAAUCCUCAUCCCAAUGUCACACAAAUCCCUGGAUUCACGGCACUCCGUCGAUUCCUGCGCGUUCCAGCUCCAUGGCUGGAGACCUUUCCAGCUGCAGCAGCAGCAGCAUCAGACCUCCACGCCCACCUCCAAAACCCUAGACUCCUCCGAUCCCAAAUCCAAUGGCCUCGUCGUCCACACCAAGCGCCCCUGCCUCUCCAACCGGAUGACUUCUUUUUCUAUCGAUGCCGUCGACAUGUCCCGGCUGACCUUGGUCGACGACGACAGGACGAUCUCCGGCGGACACCAUACUAGGAACGGGAGCUUCCGGUUCAUCGCGAAGAAGCGGCGGCGUCGUGGGUCGAGGUCGGUUUCCGGCAGGAGUAGUGAGCGGAGUGGGACCCGGAGGUGCUGCUCGGUUGGGGCUUCGGCGGCGUAUGGGACGUGUUCGGAUUUUCCGGUGGCGGUGGGGACGGACUCGAGUGGGGAGCUGUUUGGGAAUGGGGAUGCGAAUUGGGCGUCGGAUGUGAGUGAGGCGAGGAAUUCGAGGAAGGAGAGAGAUGGCGGUGGGGGGAGUGGAGAGAAGGAGAAUGUGGGUGUUGGGUUUGGUCCCAUCGGGGGUAUUGAUGCUCAGGGGAAUGAGUCCGGGUACGGCAGUGAACCGGGUUAUCGUGGGGACGCGGAGUUAGGCUAUGGCGAUGAGUUUGAUGAGGAGGAGGAGGAUACUCGGGUAUUGUUUUGGAGCGAUCAAUUUGGAGAUGCUGAUUCUAUGAUGGAGACAGUGGGGGAGAACACAUUUGCGGAUCAAAAGUCCCAUCACAGAUGUCGGCGUAAGAAGCACGAUUGCAGAAUGGUUGAUGCACUGAGGUAGCCGUAUUGAUUGGAGCAUACAAACGGCUUCUAUAUAUCAUUUUUCUCGGUAAGCAAAGGUUCCUUUGUAUCAUUUAGGCAUCGGCUUUCUAUUCAGAAGGAAGGAUGUUGGCAACCUGAUGGAAUCUGUGUGUGCUCUAAUCACUGCUGUCACACUUGUCGGGUCCAUUUGGAGAGUGAGAGGUUUUGGUGUAUAUACGCAAUUUUGCAUUCUAAAAUCGUGUGCAAAGGAUUAUGAAUGUGCCAUUAGACUCGCUAACGUCUGAAUGCAGGAUGAAUUCAUAUGGACGUUUCUGGUGAGUUUGUAGGGUUCGCCGGUUCCGAAAGUAGACCGGGCUGAACUUACAUUACCAUUAUAUUAAUAAUGCCACAAUUGUUCUUUAAA